ACUUGGUUACCAAACUUGGUCUCACCGAGGACUUACGAGCGUGGGGCUACUAACAUGACAUAAGUAUCUCGUCGCUGAUCCGGUGAAAGCAACUUAGGUCCUGAAAUAGCUUCACCGAGAAGCCCGGGCAAAAUAACAGCCGGAGCUCCAUAUCAUAAUCACUCCUGAAGAGCAUACAUUUCGAGGGUAGGUGCUUGCUCUGCCGAUCUCGCAUAUAAAUCAACGUUGGAAAAAGCCCGCAACUUCAUCAACUUCCUACUGCAAACACCAGUUCCUCAACAUUUACUUUAUCAUCUCCCUAUUUAUCUAUCUUUUCCUGCAUCAAGAUGGCCAAAACAAGCAUCGAUCUCAUCGAUGAGGUCGAUAUGUUCCCGUAUGCCGAGACUGAUCCCGAUGCGUUCACCAAGAUGAAUGCUGGGCUCUAUGCUCUGGUAUGGAGAGAUAGCCAAGGCACAUACCCUAUUGGGUACAUCCUGGACCGUGUGGUCAAAGAGCUUCAUCAGGUCCCUGAAGAGGUCGGGGGGAAAAUGGAAUGCGAUGAUGAGAAGAAAACUAUUGCGCUCUUCCAGGAACCUACAGAGGAACAACGUACUCGUCGCGUGGCGGCCCUGGCCGACUAUUGGCGGAAGAAUGGGACAUUCCCUCUUCUCCGUGGCUGGCGUAACGAACUAUGGCCUGUAUACGGACGUACUGGCGAGCUAUUAUUCAGCAUGGAACGAGCUGCGAUGGGCUUGAUUGGUACGAUGCGUUACGGCGUUCAUAUGAUUGCGUAUGUCAAGGACGAGACUGCACCUCAUGGAGUUCGCCUCUGGGUCCCUACGCGUGCUCGGAACAAAUCAACAUUUCCCAGCAUGCUCGACAAUACCGUGGCAGGCGGUUUAAUGACAGGAGAGGACCCCUUCGAAUGCGUCAUACGUGAGGCCGAUGAGGAAGCCAGUCUUCCUGAUGACAUUGUUCGCAAGGGUGCCAAGUUCGUCGGCAACGUCACAUACAUCUACAUCACGGACGAGGGACAGGUUGGCGAAGGCGGCUUUAUUUAUCCUGAGUGCCAAUGGGUGUACCAUCUCGAGCUUCCCAACGAUGUGAUCCCUCAACCCAAAGAUGGCGAGGCUGAGAAGUUUGACCUCUGCGACGUUGAUCAAGUCAAGGCGGAUCUUGCCGGGGGUCGAUUCAAGCCCAAUUGUGCCCUCGUCACCCUCGACUUUUUCAUUCGUCAUGGAAUCCUCACUGACGAAAACGAGCCUGAGAUUGAGCAGAUCAAACGGAGAGUGCGCCGAGACAUCCCUUUCCCAGGUCCGCAUCAAAGCUCGCGGAGACGAGUCAUGGUAUUUGACUUUGAGACUUAUCGGAGGCAACAUGGCGGUUUUCGUAUGGGUAUCAUUAAUGCGACCGAAAGCUAG